AUGUGCGUGGGGACGUGCAGCCGGAUCGUGGGUCCCUGCCUGCUGGCGCUGGGCACGCUCUCUGUGGCAGCCAACAUCCUCCUGCUCUUCCCUGGCGGGGCCUCAAAGUACCUGGCGGAGGGGCACAUCAGCAAGCACGCCAAGGCCAUGCCGGGCGUCUGGGGAGGCGGCAUCGCCGCUUUCAUCUCCGCCGUGCUCUCCAAGCUGGCACUGCUGGGAGCUGCCGCCUGCUUCGUCCUUUCCGGGGUGGGCUUGACCACUGGACCCCUCUGCUUCUACAACACCUCCGAGCAUGGCCGUGGGCACGGCACCCUCUGGGGUUACCCCUUCCUGGACGCCAGCGGCCAGGAGCCUGAUGCCAGCCGGCGGGCGGCGGGGGCCGGCACGUCCUUUUUUUUGCGUCGCGUCAGCGCUGCUGAAAUGGUGCUGGCUUCCGUCCAGAUCCUCAACGGCUGCCUCGGGUGCCUUUGCGGCUUUUGCGAGGGGAAGUAG